AUGGCGUCGGCGAUUUUCUUCCUGGAUUUGAAGGGCAAGACCCUUCUUGCCCGCAACUACCGUGGCGAUAUUCCCAUGUCGGCCGUCGAGAAGUUUCCUAUUUUACUCAGUGAAGCCGAAGAAGAGAGCUCGGCUGUGCCGCCUUGCUUUUCGCAUGAAGGCAUCAACUAUCUCUAUAUCCGUCACAGCAACCUGUACCUGCUGGCGUUAACAAAACGGAACACCAAUGCGGCCGAGAUUCUACUGUUCCUGCACAAGAUCGUCGAGGUGUUUACCGAGUAUUUCAAGGAAUUGGAGGAGGAGAGUAUCCGGGACAACUUUGUCGUCAUUUACGAGCUGCUGGAUGAGAUGAUGGACUUUGGGUAUCCGCAGACUACUGAGAGCAAGAUUCUACAAGAGUACAUCACGCAAGAGUCACACAAGCUGGAGGUACAGGCGCGACCACCAAUUGCAGUCACAAACGCCGUGUCAUGGAGAAGUGAAGGUAUCCGGUACCGAAAGAACGAAGUGUUCUUGGAUGUGGUAGAGUCACUAAACCUUCUGGUCUCGGCCAAUGGAAAUGUGCUGCGUUCGGAGAUUCUGGGAGCCAUCAAAAUGAAGUGCUAUCUCAGCGGUAUGCCAGAACUCCGUCUGGGACUGAACGAUAAAGUCAUGUUCGAAACGACCGGCCGAGCAACUCGCGGCAAAGCGGUUGAGAUGGAAGACGUCAAAUUCCACCAAUGCGUCCGCCUGUCGCGAUUCGAAAACGAUCGAACCAUCAGUUUUAUUCCGCCGGACGGAGAGUUUGAGCUGAUGAGUUAUCGUCUCAAUACGCAAGUGAAGCCUUUGAUCUGGGUAGAAUGCUUGGUGGAAUCACACUCGGGAUCGAGAAUCGAGUACAUGCUCAAGGCAAAAGCCCAGUUUAAACGCCGAAGUACUGCCAACAAUGUGGAGAUCUUGGUGCCAGUCCCGGAAGAUGCGGAUUCACCUCGUUUCCGAACAAACAUUGGAUCGGUGCAUUAUGCGCCAGAAAAGUCGGCUAUCAUUUGGAAGAUCAAGCAGUUUGGCGGCGGGAAAGAGUUCCUCAUGCGUGCCGAGCUUGGGCUGCCCUCCGUUAAGGGCGAUGACGAGCACGGUGGAGGCAUGACUGGUGGUUUCGGAGGCAGCAUGGGUGGUGCGGGCCAGGGAGGGAAGGGGAAGCGACCGAUCAACGUCAAAUUCGAGAUACCGUAUUUCACGACGAGUGGGAUUCAGGUGCGCUAUCUAAAGAUCAUUGAGCCCAAGCUACAAUACCCAUCUUUACCUUGGGUUCGAUACAUUACACAGUCAGGCGACAUUGCCGUUCGAUUACCAGAUGUCCAAUAA